CAUUUUAAAACUUCUGAAUGACACACCAUUUGGGUGAUGACACACAUAUUAACAGUAGAUAUAUCGAAACAUUUUGCCAUAAUGUGUUCAACAGGUAUAGCAAGCUUAGAUAGCUCACCCACUACAGAAACAAAAUCACAACAGACUAAUUCAGAGAGACAUCGGAUAUCAGAAGGAAAGCACAGGGCUUCAAGCUCCAUACACCUAUGAACUUUCAACUCUUGAACGAUAGCUGCGUUCACGCUAUCUGGUGUGUCAGGUGGGCAACAUACAAACUUCUGAACUCUUCCAUAUCUAACACAAGUAGGUCUUUCAGGGUCCACAAAAGUGACAGUAUAACUGUUCCGUUUAGUUACCCGUUUAGAAGCCUGACUAUAUAUUGUUACUUUAUCUUGCAAAAUCAUCUUUGGCCACAGCUUAACUGUUCCAUAGGCAUUGAUAACGACACUAUUUUUCUCCAGCAGGGGCUUUAAUAUGGAUUCAUCUUCCAUAUCCAAACUGAUGGUCUUAGCCACUCCAACUCCAGCAAGGGAUUGACUAAGCUGAGUACAUCUCUGAGUUGACCUAUAUAGAAGCAGUUGAUCCACAAAUGAUUUUAAAAUGAGAGGA